ACGAAACAGGUGAAUUAAAGAAACAAAACCCAAUCUUAAAAAGAAUACUUUAAUUCAUUCCCAAAAAAAUCACUUCAAUUAUGAAUCUUCGGAAAUUACAUGCAUGAAGUGUGUGUUUGUUGUUCAUGUGUUAAUGUGAAGAAGUGAAGAAGUGAAAAGUGAGAAAGAAAAAGACAUGGCAGUGACAACACCAACCUCAGAGUUCGACAUCGUAAUCCUCGGAGCCUCUGGUUUCACCGGCAAGCAUGUUCUCAAAGAAGCCCUAAAAUUCCUCACCAAUUUCAACUCCAUCGCCAUAGCAGGCCGCGACACCUCCAAAUUGGCCCAAACUCUCAACUGGGCCGCCAGGCCCAAUCCGCCACCUCCCAUCCCCAUCCUCGCCGCCGACACCGCCGACGCCGCCUCCCUCCGGGCGCUUUGCGACCGCGCGCGCAUCCUCCUCAACUGCGUCGGCCCCUUCCGCCGCCACGGGGCGCCCGUCGUCGCCGCGUGUGUAGCCGCCGGCUGCGACUACCUCGACAUCACCGGCGAGACCGAGUUCAUGGAGCGAAUGGAGCGUGAACACCACGCGCAGGCUGUAAAGAACGGAGCUUUGGUGGUUUCGGCUUGUGGGUUUGACUCGGUGCCGGCGGAGAUGGGGUUUUUGUUCCAUUCUAGGCAGUGGGUGGGCCCGGCCCGGCCCAACAGGGUGGAGGCGUACCUGAGCUUGGAGUCGGAGAGGAGGAUCGUUGGGAAUUUUGGAACGUUUGAGUCUGCGGUUAUGGCUGUUAAGGAUUUGAAUGAGAUUGAACAAAGUAGAGUCAACAGAGUAAAACCUAAGAUUCCUGGGCCACCUCCUAAGGGAGAAAUAAUAGAACACCAGAAGAAAAUUGGCCUGUGGGGUGUAACACUACCUUCAGCAGAUGCAACUCUUGUUGGAAGAACUCUUUCAACUCUAACUGAAUCCCCUGAUGGACUUCCUGGGUUGGAUGAGAGUGAAGAGAUGGUUGAGAAAAGGAAAACCUUCUGGUCAUCGGUGAAGCCAGCUCAUUUCGGUGUGAAACUGGGCUCAAAAUCUUUGUUGCACAUGUUCGGAUUCAUUAUGAUUGGAAUAUUCAUUGGUGUUUUGGGAAGAUUCUCUUUAGGAAGAUGGCUUCUGUUGAAAUAUCCUUCAAUCUUCACCUUUGGAGGGUUCAGCAAGAAUGGACCUUCUGAAGAGGAGAUUGCUAGUGCUUCAUUUAAGAUGUGGUUUGUAGGACAUGGUUUCAGCAAUGAGGGAGAGGGACAGAAGAAAGCUGACAUGGAAAUUAUUACAAGAGUAAUGGGACCUGAAAUGGGUUAUGUGACCACUCCUAUAAUUCUGGUUCAGUGUGCUCUUAUUCUUCACACCCAAAGAAAGAAUCUACCAAAGGGAGGAGUUUACACUCCUGGGAUUGUAUUUGGUGCAACUGAUCUCCAAGAAAGGCUUCAACAAAAUGGAAUCUCUUUUCAUGUCGUAUCAAAAACUUCCCUUUCUACAUGACACUCUGCACUUCAUCUUUCAUUGCUCUCAAUGCACAACUUAUGAUAAAGAAAUUAGAGAACCUUCUUUUUUUAUUUGUCUAUAUAUUUUGUAGCAUACUACAGUUAUAUUUUGGGGGUUAAUUUACUUAGAAAUGAAGAGUUUGUUGGAUUGAGCGCUUAC